GACGUCUAAACAUAACCUCAAAACACAGAUUACCAGAUGCUUAAAGAUGCUUAACUUCAAGGUCUAUAGAACAUAAGGUUACCCACCUGAGUCGCCGGAGUCCGGCCUCUGUAUACUCUGUGCCCCAAAAUAAUAAAAAUAAAUAUGUGUACUUAUUACAUUUUAAUAUCUCAUUUAUUAAAGUCUUGAUUCGCUUUAUUACAAAUAUGGAUAAACAACCAGAUUACAACCACUCUAAACAAUAUUACAACCCUAACGGCUCUUAUAUUCCAAUGCCAGAUUUUUCAGUUCCACCCCCAAAUUAUAACAUUGUUAAUAAUUAUGCUUAUCCCCCUCAAAUGAACAAUUAUGGCCCAACAUACAAUUAUAAUUAUAUAAAUUAUAAUAAUUCUUAUUACCAAUAUGGUUAUCCGUCUCAACCUCAAACUAUUCCAACCCAAACAGGUUUAGGACAAGAUUAUGAUUAUACAAAAGAAUUGGAGAGUUACAAAAACAGUAAAAUUAAAGAUAACAUAACGGAAAAGCGUGAUAAAUACAAAUAUUAUGAUAAAAACUAUGACAAAGAUACACCGAGUUGUUCUAGAAGUUCAAGAAAUAAAUAUAAAUCUCGUUCACCAUCUCCAACGCGGAGACGAAGUCGAAAACCACGUUCAAGGUCUUUAUCACCUCGAAGACAUAUUGAUUCUCGAAGUAACUCAAAAGAAUCAACUCGAUCACGUAGCUCUUUAAAAAAUGAUACUACAAAAACUGAAAGGGAAUUAUUACUAUCAAAAUGGCGUAAAAAUUAUUGUGCGACUCCCGAAGAAGUCUCUAAAAAGCUUGGUGAGUUAGAUCAAAGUAAUCAAGAAGAUGUUUUGGAAAAGGAACGAAAUAUUUGGACUCGAACAACUCCGGCUGAUCUUUAUUAUCAACGGGAUGAGGCCAAUCCAAAAGUUAUUAGAGGAACGGAAAAAUUGUUAAAAAUUUGUGAAAGGUUUAAUGAAGAAUUAGUUUUGAGGGCGAAAAAAAUUAAUGAUACAAAACCGGAAUAUGUUCCACCACCUAGGAAGAAUCGGGCGAGAGUUUGUAAACAUAAAAGUGAGCAAUCGAGUAGUUCGGAUAGUUCAGAGGAGGAUUUAACGGAUGAGGAAGAUUGUACUAUGGAGGAAUUAACAAGAAAACAACAACAUCCCGAUCGGUUACAUAUGGAAAUGUGGUAUAAUGAUCCGGGGGAAAUGAAUGAUGGACCACUUUGUAGAUGCUCCAAGAAAUCUAGAAAAUCUGGAAUACGACAUGGAAUAUAUCCAGGAGAAAGAUUCGUACAACUUUGCGAUAAAGACACCAAUAAUGGAGAUAAAUUACAUCAUUAUCGGAUAACAAUUUCCCCACCAACAAAUUUUUUAAUUAAAACACCCACAAUUAUUCAGCACGACGAACACGAAUUUAUUUUUGAGGGUUUCUCGAUGUUUUCGCAUUUCCCUUUGAUUGAAUUACCAACUUGUAAAGUUAUCCGGUUUAAUAUUGAGUACACAAUACUUUACGUCGAAGAAAAAGUUCCCGAUAAUUUCACAAUAAGAGAAUUAGAUAUAUUUCAUGAUUAUUUAUUUCACGAAUUACUUGAAUUGGUCGAUUUAGAUUUUAAAGUCGCCGGUGAUGAUAAAGGUUGUUCUCAAUUUCACUUUUUGCCAAGAUUUGUCCGUGAACUUCCCGAUAAUGGAAAAGAAAUACUUUCGAUGAAGGAAGUGUUGCAAUAUUUAUUAAACAGCUCGAUUCCAUUGAUUAAAUCGGAACAAUUAGAGGAGAUGGUUAAUAUGACGCAAUAUGAUUGGCAAUCUUAUGCGGAUGAAAUAAAAGGUAUGGUUGUAACUUUUCCUGGUAAAAAACCUUGUUCGGUGCGAGUCGAUCAAUUAGAUCGGAAUAUUGAUCUCCAAAAACCAGGGAAUUAUAAAUUCCCUGAGAUUGUUCAUUUCGGAAUUCGUCCACCUCAAUUAAGUUACGCCGGAAAUCCAGAAUAUCAAAAGGCUUGGCGAGAUUACGUAAAAUUCCGCCAUCUAUUAGCAAACAUGUCAAAACCAACGUUUGAAGAUCGCCGGAAACUCGAAGUAAAAGAAAAUAAGCUGCAAGAAAUGCGUACUCAAAGUAAAAUGAAACGUGACGUAACCGUUGCAGUUUCCUCAGAGGGUUUCUAUCGGACAGGGAUAAUGUGUGAUGUGAUUCAACACGCAAUGUUAAUCCCCGUAUUGGUGUGUCACCUUCGGUUUCAUCACUCAUUAAAUUGUCUUGAAGAGACGAUGUGUUAUAAAUUCAAAAAUCGCUCACUUUUACAAUUGGCUUUAACACAUCCAUCGUAUCGAGAAAAUUUUGGUACAAAUCCCGAUCAUGCACGGAAUAGUUUAACAAAUUGUGGAAUUAGACAACCAGAAUAUGGUGAUCGUAGAAUACAUUAUAUGAAUACGAGAAAAAGAGGGAUUAAUACUUUAAUUAAUAUCAUGUCAAGAUUCGGAAAACAAUACGAAACCGAAUCAAAUAUCACACAUAACGAACGAUUAGAAUUUUUGGGGGAUGCUGUCGUUGAAUUUUUAUCCUCCAUCCAUUUAUUUUACACCUUCCCGGAUUUAGAGGAGGGUGGAUUAGCAACUUAUCGAGCUGCGAUUGUCCAAAAUCAACAUUUAGCGGUUUUAGCCAAAAUACUUUGUCUCGAUCAAUUUAUGUUGUACGCCCACGGUUCUGAUUUAUGUCACGAUUUAGAAUUAAGACACGCGAUGGCAAAUUGCUUUGAAGCUUUGAUGGGGGCUUUGUUUUUGGACGGCGGGAUCGAAAUUGUCGACAAAGUUUUUUCAAAUACUUUGUUUAAAGAGGACCCGGAUUUAUAUGAAGUUUGGGUCAAUUUACCACCGCAUCCUUUACAAGAAAAGGAACCGAUGGGUGAUCGACAAUGGAUCACCAAAUUUGAAUUAUUACAAAAAUUGACGAAAUUUGAAGAAUCAAUUGGUGUUGACUUUACGCAUAUUACUUUAUUAGCGAGAGCGUUUACUGAUCGGAGUGUAGGGUACACAAAUUUAACUUUGGGAUCGAAUCAACGGUUGGAGUUUUUAGGUGAUACCGUUUUACAGUUAAUUGCAUCGGAAUAUCUUUAUAAAUAUUUUCCCGAGCAUCAUGAAGGACAUCUUUCGUUAUUGAGAAGUUCAUUAGUUAAUAAUCGAACCCAAGCCGUUGUUUGUGACGAUUUAGGAAUGGCUAGUUAUGCUGUUUAUAAUAAUCCGAAAGCUGAAUUAAAAACUAAGGAUCGCGCCGAUUUAUUGGAAGCUUUUAUUGGAGCUUUAUAUGUUGAUAAGGGUUUAGAAUAUUGCGAAGUUUUUUGCCAAGUAACACUUUUCCCUCGCCUCCAAGAUUUUAUUAUGAAUCAAGAUUGGAAUGACCCAAAAUCGAAACUUCAACAAUGUUGCUUAACGUUACGAACAAUGGAUGGUGGGGAACCUGACAUCCCAGUCUACAAAGUUAUUGAAUGUAAAGGUCCAACUAAUACUAGAGUCUACACUGUCGCGGUUUAUUUCCGUGGAAGUCGUUUAGCGAGUGCUGUCGGUCACAGUAUUCAACAAGCAGAAAUGAACGCCGCUAAAAAUGCAUUAGAAAUAUCACACGAUUUAUUUCCACAAUUGGAUCAUCAAAAGCGUGUUAUCGCAAAAAGUAUGAAGAAGCAAAAGCCGCAACGGAAAAGGGGGCGAAGUCGGUCAAAAUCGAAAAGUCCUCAGAGGGUUUUUCAACCCAACAGGCAAAAAUCUCCGACUAGUUAUUCGAAAUAUCGGUUUAGAGAUUCGUCUCCAGAGAAAUCGGUAGGUUCUCCUUCGGAUACAGUAGAGAGUAAGUAAAAGGAUAUUUAAGAAUUUGAAAUAUGUGUAAAAUGUAAAAGGAAAUUAAUAAAUUGAAUUAAAUCAU